AUGUCUACUGUUACUAAAACCAUUGUAGUCCUACCAGGUGAUCAUGUCGGUACUGAAAUUACCGAUGAAGCUAUCAAGGUCCUAAACUCUAUCAGUGAGGCUCGUCCAAAUAUUAAAUUUGAAUUCCAACAUCAUUUAAUCGGUGGUGCUGCCAUUGAUGCUACAGGUGUUCCAUUACCUGAUGAAUCAUUGGAAGCCUCUAAGAAAGCUGAUGCUGUCUUAUUAGGUGCAGUUGGUGGUCCAAAAUGGGGUACUGGUGCCGUUAGACCAGAACAAGGUUUAUUAAAGAUACGUAAAGAAUUGGGACUAUACGCCAAUUUAAGACCAUGUAACUUCGCCUCUGAAUCUCUUUUAGAGCUAUCACCAUUGAAACCUGAGUACGCUAGAGGUACUGACUUCUGUGUUGUUAGAGAAUUGGUUGGUGGUAUCUAUUUCGGUAAGAGAAAAGAAGACGACGGUGAUGGUGUCGCUUGGGAUAGUGAACAAUACAGUGUGCCAGAAGUUCAAAGAAUCACUAGAAUGGCUGCCUUCAUGGCCCUACAACAUAACCCACCUCUGCCAAUUUGGUCUUUAGAUAAAGCAAACGUUCUAGCGUCUUCUAGACUAUGGAGAAAAACUGUCGAAGAAACCAUUAAGAAUGAAUUCCCAACUUUAACUGUGCAACAUCAAUUGAUCGAUUCUGCUGCAAUGAUCUUAAUCAAGAACCCAACUAAGUUAAAUGGUCUUGUCAUCACCAGUAAUAUGUUUGGUGAUAUUAUCUCUGACGAAGCCUCUGUCAUUCCAGGGUCCUUAGGUUUACUACCAUCUGCAUCCCUUGCAUCUCUACCAGACACAAACAAGGCAUUCGGUUUAUAUGAACCAUGUCAUGGUUCUGCUCCAGAUUUACCAAAGGGUAAAGUCAACCCAAUUGCUACUAUCUUAUCUGUCGCUAUGAUGCUAAAACUUUCUCUAGAUAUGGUUGAAGAAGGUGUCGCCGUUGAAAAAGCUGUAAAGAAAGUUUUGGAUAGUGGUGUCAGAACUGGUGAUUUACGUGGUACCAACUCUACUUCUGAAGUUGGUGAUGCUGUUGCCGCUGCUGUAAAAGAAUUCUUAUAG